UCCUCUUCUGCGCACUUUGCUUUUACUCACUCUUCAUCUAGAACGCUAGAAAGCGGGACCUUCAUUUCUUUCUUUUUAAACUGCAUUAACAUGGCUUUUCUAACUCAUGCUGUCAGCUUUUUCCUGGUUGUGGUCCUUUGGAUCCAACAUAGUAAUGCUCAGUCAGUACCAGACAGAUGCAGGUGUCCCACCACAUCCUCUAAGGCCUCGAGAUGGAAAAAUAUCGACGAGUUCUCCAUCACUGCACCAAGAUCCCGCUGCAAAGCCACCGAGAUCAUACUGACACUGAAGAUUGUAAAUGCAAAGACGAAAGAGAAGGAGCAACGUUGUAUUAGCCCAAAUAUAUAUCAGGGCGAACUCCUUCAGGAAUGCUGGAACAGGAUAAACAAAGAUGGCAGGAGAGCCACUGUCAAGAUAUCUGAAUGUGAAAUUAACAGAAGCCCUACAAUAAAAAGUGAGAACGCGACUACAGUACGUCAGCCCUGAGCAGCUGAAGAAGGGGGUGUGUGUGGAAACUCCAGAAAUCUCUGUGGUCAUGUGAUUGACAAAAUCCAAUGGGAAUGCUGACAUCCAGCCUCCUUCCUGUGUUUGGAAACUCCAGUUGGAUAACCCCGAGGACGAUAACGCUUCCAAGAACUGUCAAACACAGAUGUUUAGCAGAAAAGACUUGUUGCAGGAUUACCAUGUGCACAUAUCUUACAGGCCUGAAGUGGGCCAUCACCAUUUUAUUUACCUACUGCCAGUAUUUAAAUUGCUGUAUAAUAUUUAUUUGUUGUUAUUAUUGAGUGUUUUAAAUAAAUAUGUACAUUUUGUAUCCUAA